GCCGCAUCGAGAGCGUAUCGAAUGUGGGAGCCUGAAAGCGCGGGCUCCCAAUUGGGCAGGAUCAUCCUGGCGCUCUGAUUGGAGGGCGAGACCUUCCCGAUUGGGACGACGGGUGAUCUGCAUGACAUAAGCGGGUCCUGAGAUCUCAGGUAUCUCUUAUCGGUCACGUUAUCUGUUGUUUAUCAUUUCCCCCUCAUCUCACUCCGCUUAUCUCCACUCUCUCCUUGCUCUCCCUUGUCUUCGCCUCUUCUCCCCUUUUCAACUUCCUGUCUACUGGAAUUUGCAUCAUCAUAUCCCCAUAAUGACCACCCGCUAUCGCGUCGAAUACGCCCUCAAGUCCCACCGACGAGAUCAACUCAUCGAAUGGAUCAAAGGCCUCCUGGCCGUCCCCUUCGUCCUCCACUCGCAACCUACAGCUCUAGACCUCACCCAGGGCGGCGAGUCCCUGACCGUCGUCGCCGCCGACACUCACUACCGCUAUGCGGAGAUCUUCCGCGACGUCGAACAGCUCAUCCACGACCAUGCCCACCACACCCGCAUCGGCGCCCCCGGUAAAUCCAAGCUCAAGCUGCUGGUCCCCACCAUCGGCUCCUUCUUCACCCCCCUGUACCUCGAAGACGCCUUCACGCGGCAGGACCGCGCCCGCGUCAUCAGCCGCCGUCGCUUCGUCGCCCCCUCCUUCAACGACGUCCGUCUCAUUCUCAACACCGCCCAGCUGCUGGGCCUCGUACGCGCUCACAAUGGUCCGGACCUCGUCACCUUCGACGGUGACGUCACCCUCUACGACGACGGCGCCAACCUGACCCCGGACAACCCUACCCUCCCGCGCAUCCUGCGCCUGCUGCGCCAGGGCCGCCGCGUCGGCAUCGUCACCGCCGCCGGCUACACCGAGGCUGCCAAGUACUACGAGCGUUUGCACGGGCUUCUCGACGCCGUGCGCGACCUCCCCGCCGAUCAACAGGCCGGCCUCGUCGUCAUGGGCGGCGAGAGCAACUUCCUCUUCCGGUUUGACGCCGCCUCGCCGCACCGGCUCACGUACGUGCCCCGCGACGAGUGGCUACUCCCGGAGAUGACCGCUUGGCAUGAGGAUGACAUCACGGGCCUGCUGGAUCUGGCCGAAGCGUCCUUGCGGGCUUGUGCCGCGAACUUGCAGCUACCCGUCGCCGUGCUGCGCAAGGACCGCGCUGUAGGGGUGUAUCCCGUUGAUCGGGCCAAGAUCGCCCGCGAACAACUCGAGGAGACCGUGCUGGUCGUGCAGAACACGCUGGAGCGGACGGCUGUUGGGUCCCGUCUUCCUUUCUGUGCAUUCAACGGCGGCAACGACGUCUUCGUCGACAUCGGCGACAAGUCCUGGGGUGUGCGCGCCUGUCAGCGCUACUUUGGGGGGAUUGGGGCGUCUCAUACACUGCAUGUGGGCGAUCAAUUUCUGUCGGCUGGUGCCAAUGAUUUCAAGGCCCGUCUCGCCUCUACAACCUCAUGGAUCGCCAGUCCAGCCGAGACGGUCUCCCUCCUGGACGAGCUAGACGCUAUCGAGCAGAAUGUUGCUGCCGGAGGGAACGGGGUGUGAUGGAUAUACAUGAAUGGGACAGGUGCGCAUAAGAUAGCAUAGGAAAAUU